AUGGCGCCCGGCCGUCGCUACGUUUUUAUUUGCUGCCCAUCUCAGGCCUACUUCUUCCAUUUCCACUUUUCCCUUCAAUCUCGGUGUCUCUCUCGAGCAGGGAAUGGACAAGCAGCAGCUCCCGGGCGGUUCAACCCAGUCCAGGUGAAGCAAGAGCCGGCGGAGGCCAUGGGAUCAUCCUCUGCCGGUGGGCAGGAGUCCUUGCAGGAGCACAGCUUGGACCUGAGUGUCAAGGACCACGGUAAUGAAUCAAAUGGCCACACAGUCUCGGCAAAUUCAUCUCUUUUAUCCUCGCUUAUGAAUAAGAUGUCCAAGACCAGUGCCAGCCUUGGCAACCUGCUGAACAUUAAGACAGAAGGAGAUGGCAGCCAGGCUGGGGCUGGGGAGCCAACGCAGUACUUGGGCAAGGCAGUGAAGGCGCUUGUCCAGGAGAAGCUCUCUGAGCCAUGGAAGAUGUACCUGCGCCGGUUUGGUACCAAGGAUUUCUGCGAUGCGCAGUGCGACUUUCUGCAUAAGGUGCACUUCCACUGUGUCGUGGAGGAAUGCGGUGCCCUCUUCAGCACUUUGGAUGGAGCCAUCAAGCAUGCCAAUUUUCACUUCCGAACCGAGGGUGGGGCUGUGAAAAGUAACUCUGAGUCUCCCUUCUCAACUGCUACUGACAGUAAGGCUUCACUGGGCCCUUCGUCACCAUCUGCUACAUCUGCCACCAUGGCGAGUGCUCCAGCCCUCGACGUGCCCACCCCGAGCCCAGCAACUGUACCCUCUGCCCCCACACUGCUAGCUUGGAAGCAGCUGGCUUCAACCAUACCCCAAAUGCCUCAGAUUCCAGCAUCAGUGCCUAACCUGGCAACCUCACCCUUGGCUACGACUUCCCUGGAGAACGCCAAGCCUCAGGUCAAACCCGGAUUUCUCCAGUUCCAGGAGAAUGAUCCCUGCCUGGCAACGGACUGCAAGUAUGCCAAUAAAUUCCACUUCCACUGUCUCUUUGGGAACUGCAAGUAUGUGUGCAAAACCUCUGGCAAAGCAGAAUCCCACUGCCUGGACCACAUCAACCCCAACAACAAUUUGGUGAAUGUGCGAGACCAGUUUGCUUACUAUUCUCUGCAGUGUCUCUGUCCAAACCAGCACUGUGAAUUCAGGAUGCGAGGGCAUUACCACUGCCUUCGUCCUGGCUGCUACUUUGUGACUAACAUCACCACCAAGCUGCCCUGGCACGUGAAGAAACAUGAGAAGGCAGAGAGAAGGGCAGCCAAUGGCUUCAAGUAUUUCACCAAGCGAGAAGAAUGUGGCAGAUUAGGUUGCAAAUACAACCAGGUGAACAGCCACUUCCACUGUAUUCGAGAAGGCUGCCAGUUCUCCUUCCUGCUGAAGCACCAAAUGACAUCCCAUGCCAGAAAGCACAUGAGAAGGAUGCUGGGGAAGAAUUUUGAUCGUGUUCCUACUCAGGUUAUUGGCCACACUCCAAGAAAUGAAAAUCUCCCCCAGGUUGGCAGCAUGGCACCCAGCCCAGCCUCAUCAGGAACCCCAGCUUCCUUUCAGGGACCCCCGAGCAUGAUGGACACUGAAACAGAUGAGUACAUGGAUUACACUGGCUGUAGCCCUGGGGGGAUCUCCUCUGAAUCUUCUAAUAUGGACCGCAGCUGCUCCAGCACUCCAGUGGGCAAUGAAAGUACAUCAGCAGGCUGCCUGGUUCCUUCUACUGCCACUGCUGCUGCCGAUGAUGCUACCCACAAUGCACCACAACCUCAACCUCCACCUCUGCCUCCAUCUUUCUCACAAGCCCUGCUUAGGUCUCCCAUUCCCACCCUCCCGUAUCUUUUCUCUCCAUCUUGUCUCUCAUACUCUCUGCUCAGUGCCACUCUUGGAUCCAGCAGAGGCAUUGUCAUGCCUGCCGCCAGCACCACUGGGUUUUCGCCCAUCAUUGCCACUCCAACUCCAGUAAAAAGUGACGUUCCCUUAGUGCAGGAUGCAGCAGGGAAUACCAUCACUAUGCCAACUGCCUCGGGGGCCAAAAAGCGUUUCUGGAUUAUUGAGGACAUGUCCCCGUUUGGCAAGCGCCGCAAGACUGCAUCCUCACGCAAGAUGCUGGAUGAAGGGAUGAUGCUGGAGGGAUUUCGGCGCUACGACCUCUACGAGGACUGCAAGGACUCCAGCUGCCAAUUCUCUCUCAAGGUUACCCACUACCACUGCACGCGGGAGAAUUGUGGCUAUAAGUUCUGCGGCCGUACCCACAUGUAUAAGCACGCCCAGCACCACGACCGCGUUGACAACCUGGUAUUGGAUGAUUUCAAGCGCUUCAAGUCUUCACUGAGUUGCAACUUCCCAGACUGUCAGUUCUCUGGCAAUAGCACACACUUCCACUGUCUGCGUUGUGGCUUCCGCUGCACUGACAGCACUAAGGUGACAGCCCACCGUAAGCACCACGGCAAGCAGGAUGUCAUCAGUGCUGCCGGCUUCUGCCAGUUCAGCUCGAGCGUGGACUGCGAGGUGCCCGACUGCAAGUACAAACUCAAGUGCUCCCACUUCCACUGCACCUACCCUGGCUGCAAACACACGGUGGUGGGCAUGUCGCAGAUGGACUCGCACAAGCGCAAACACGAGAAGCAGGAGCGAGGGGAGCUGCCUGCCAUCUCUCCUGGCCCUGAAGGCCUCGCCCACUCCACUCUCGAGUACGACAUCCAGAACUCUUCCAUCAACCUGGACAGUUCCCUCAACCUCAGCACUGACAACAACAGCAGCUCCCUCUUCUUCCUGCAGAACGCGGCUGGCGUGGGCCUCAAUGACUCCCUGGACCUCAGCAAGAAGCAGUCAGAAGUCGCUGAAGGGCCCUCCCCGAGCAGAGCUGGGGCCGCCCCUCAGGAGCCAGGGGCAGCGGCAUCAGGCUCUGGUGAGGUGGAGGAUGAAGAUGACUCUUCCCAAGAGGAUGAAGAGGACGAUGAGGAGGAGAUGAACGAAGAAGAAGAGGAUGAUGAAGAGGAGGAUGAUGAUGAUGACGACGAGGAGGAUGACGAAGAGGAAGACCUGAACACAGAUUCUGAAGAAUCGCUGCCUGACCCUGAGGGCCUGGCCACUAAAGAUGAUGGGGAACCAGAGGAGGGUGCUUCUUCUUCCACAGACCAUGGUGAUGCUUCCAGGCCGCAGGACGAGGCAGCUCCUGCCCUUCCUCCAGCCUCAGCUCCUGCUCCGGCUCCCGCUGCUGCCCUAGCCUCUACGGUUGCUCCAGCAGCUUCUCCUUAAUCCUAGAGACAACAGCAGCAGUGGUUUGGUUUUGAUCUUACAGAAUUACUUAGGGGACCCCACAUGAGGCAAGAACAAAGAUUGGGACGGCAAAUGAAAUACAAACUCCGUGCCACACACACGAGAGAGAGGAAGGAAGGAAACCUAUACUCCACAGGCCCCAUAAGAGAGACAGGUUCGCAGCGGGACUGGUGCUGCAUUGCUUCAUUCUGCAGAUCACAGAACACAGGGGCAGGAUGCAGCAAAAAAGUACCCUUUUAUAUGGACAUGAACCUUGAGGGUACCAGCUGCUUUUCCUUGUCUCCUGAAAGGUGCAUGGGGCCUGCGCCCAUCUGGGGACCCUUUGUUAUGGGUGGGGUUCUGUCCCCCCAUUUUUCUUUCUGGGUUUUUUUUUUCCAUGUUUUCAGUUGUACGAUAUUAAUAAUAAUCUCCACUUCUUGGAGGGGGGUGGGUGGGAACAACAGGUAAUGAAUUGUAGAAAUAUAUAUUUGUGUGUGUGUCUCUUCUAUAUAUAUAAUGUACACACACACACACAUAUAUAAUAUGCAAGGAAUUGGUGUCACAAAGACAACUAGCUCAGUUUUUGCCAGUGGGAAGGAGGGGGACGAGGGGUGCUCUCUCUCCCCCACCUUUCUCCCUCUCUCUCUCUUCUUUCUCCAGCAUUAAAUGGAUGGCAUCAGACAGCAGAGGGUGGGAGUGGGUAUUUAUUGUCACGCAAAUGAGGAUGCAUUAAUGAAUGAGCAGGGGUGGGAAUGGGACACUCCUCUGUUCUUCCAGAUCCUUUUUACUAUUAAUGAUAAUAAUUUUGAAUGCUAUUUAUAUUGUAAAACUUUCUCUGUCUACAGCUGUAAGGCACCUCUCCCCAUCCCUGCUGUUCCGCCUGUAGGGAUUGAGCUGAAGUAACUGGGGAAGGGCACAGCGGGCAGUUAAAGGGUUUGUCACACUGGAGGGCUGGGGUUCAACUCCCAUCCAGUUCCAUCUCAUCCCAACCCCAGGUGCUUUCCCUCUGUUGAGGGUGAGGCUUUUUUGUGGUGCUUCAGUAUCCCCAUCUCAGGAGGACUCGGUAGAGUCAGGAGGUUGUGAGCUGACACACUGUGCCACAGUGCAGCACAAGGAGCACUGUGCUCGCAGGAGAGCAUCCCAGCCGUUAACUGAAAAUACUACUUGCUCUCUGCCCCACGCAGUCACUCGAUGACAGGUAUGUCCCCACCCCAGGCCCUCCUCCCCUGCCUUUCACUGGAGAUGGGCUUAAUGCACGGACUAAAAUGUAGCUCUGGUGACUUCCAGAAGAGGGUGAAGGCAGCACUGAAGAGGGAAAAGGCAGACAGGCAUUCAGGAUCCCAUGUGGGACGUCCCACUUCUUUGCUCAGCACUGGGUGGGGACCAUUCUGCAGCACCCACAAAGUUAUUUGCCCAGCCUUGGUUCUUGCAGCCACAAAACACGAGGCUAGCGCAGGCUACACAGCACAGAAAGAUGUGGGGAGAUGCCAGCAGAGGCCAGGAUGCAGACCAGCUAAAAAAUGAUGCAUUUCUGUGUCCAUGCUGAUAAAUUUUCCUGAGUAGGGCUGAUAGUUCAGGCAUUGCAUGAGUAAAUGGAAUUUAGUAAGCUGGGACCUGCUGCCUCCAGCAGCUUGGGCUUUCCCUGGUCACAAGCUCGUCUCCUCCCUGCUCUCUUUUCCUAGCUCAGGCUGGGAACACACACUACAGGAGACUGCCCAGGACUCGGGCAGGUGAGAUUGUAGCUGUCUGACCCCAAAUCCUCACCAGAGUGUGAGAGAGAGGGCUUCUCUGCAUCCACACGGCUCCAGGAGGACCGGCCGUACAGAUUCAUUCUGGUCGUAGCUCUUUCAGUGCCAGUCUGUAAGUGCACCAGCCUGGCGAAAGGUUCCUUGUGUCUGAGCUGAGUCCCUUUUUCUCUUUAAGCCUUAGUUGUUUUUUUUUUUU